GCACGCAUUUCUAGCCUCUGUGUUUCUCUCCUCUCUUUCUCCGGGCGUCUCCAGCCUCGUUUUUUUCCCCCCUUCGAGAUGAAGGCGUUGAGCCCGGUUCGCGGCUGCUACGAGGCGGUGUGCUGCUUGUCAGAAAGGAGUCUGGCCAUCGCGCGGGGCCGUGGCAAGAGUCCUGCGGCCGAAGAGCCUCUGAGUCUCCUGGACGACAUGAAUCACUGCUACUCGCGCCUCAGGGAACUGGUGCCCGGAGUCCCGCGAGGCACUCAGCUUAGCCAGGUGGAAAUCCUACAACGCGUUAUCGACUACAUCCUCGACCUCCAGGUGGUCCUCGCCGAGCCGGCCCCGGGACCCCCGGAUGGGCCGCAUCUCCCCAUCCAGACAGCUGAGCUUACUCCAGAACUGGUGAUUUCCAACGACAAGCGGAGCUUCUGCCACUGACCCGCUGUCCUGCCACCACCAGAACGCAGGUGCUGGCGCCCAUUCCGUCACCUGGGACCCAGGGACCCUCUCCGGCCGGAAGCCCGAGGGCAUGGAUGAACCCCCAACCUCUCGCCUGCCCACAUUACUUCCCCAAACCCCUGCCUCGAGGCUGGACCUGGCGCCGGGAGCGAAGGACUGUGAACUUGGGUGGCCUGAAGAGCCAGAGCUAGCGCUGGUCACCAGCUGGGCAACGUCACCCUGUCCCCACCCCAAGUUUUUAAAGACUAUGUUGCAGAGAGUUGGGGGGGGUCUUGGGGGGAGGGGAGUGGCUGCUCUCCAAACUGCCAAGGCGGGGAUAUAGAGCUGGUUUUCUGGUCUGGAGAAAGGCUCUGCUGCCCUGAUUAUGAACUCUAUAAUAGAGUAUAUAGCUUUUGUACCUUUUUUGCAGGAAGGUGACUUUCUGUAAUCGUGAUGUAUAUUGAACUUUUUAUAAAAGUUAACGUUUCGCAUAAUAAACGAUUUUUUAAACACUUUGUA